AUGUCAUCCGAACCAACGGAAAAGGGCCACGGCCCGGCCCUUCAUGGGGGCGACACCACGCCCGAGGUGGGCACCCUCCAUGACCGGAAGCUCAAGGAGGAACUGGAGCCGUCGUCUGGGUCGGAUAUCGCCGUGGUUGAAUCCGGAGCGAUCAAUGAGAAGGCGCUGCUCCGCAAGCUCGACUGGCGACUGAUGCCUGCGGUGGGGAUCCUGUAUCUGCUCUCCUUCCUCGACCGUAGCAACGUCGGCAACGCGCGCAUCGAGGGCCUCGCCGACGACGUGGGCAUGACAGGGAACCAGUAUCUCACUGGCUUGACGCUGUAUUUUAUUGGUUAUGUCCUGUUUGAAGUACCUUGCAACAUCGUUCUGAAGCGGACGACGCCCCGGUUCUGGCUACCCACUCUGACAGUUGUCUGGGGCAUUGUGGCCACGCUGAUGGGUCUGGUCCAAAACCUGACCGGCUUCUUCAUCGCCCGUUUUUUCCUGGGUGUGACUGAAUCCGGUCUCUUCCCCGGCGUGGUGUACUAUUUUUCCAUGUGGUAUCAGAGGCGGGAGCGGCAAUUUCGUAUUUCGCUGUUCUUUGGUUUUGCUGCCCUGGCUGGGUCUUUUGGUGGUAUCCUCGCAUAUGGCAUUGGCCACAUGGGGGGCAUCGUUUGGGAAAAUGGUUGGCGCUGGAUCUUUAUUCUGGAAGGUAUUGCCACCGUGCUGGUCGCCGUAGCGGCCUACGGGUUCAUCCACAACUACCCUGAGACGGCCACAUUUCUAUCCGAGCCAGAGCGUGAUUUCAUUCGUCACCGCCUCGCGAUCGAUAGCGAUGCGACUCGUGACGAACGUUUCACCUGGAACAAUGUGUUCAGCGCGCUAGGCGAUCCCAAGAGCUGGCUGUACGGCAUGAGCUUCCACUUCAUGAGCCUGCCCCUGUACACUUUCUCGCUAUUCUUGCCCACCAUCAUCAAGGAUCUCGGUUAUAAGGCGGCCAACGCCCAGCUCCUAACCAUCCCUCCUUAUGCCCUCGCAUUCGUCCUCACCGUCGGCGUGGCCGUCUUGUCGGAGCGCACAAACCAACGCGCCAUCUUCAUCAUUGGCUCCGCCGUCGUCGCCAUCAUCGGCUACAUCAUCCUAAUCGCGAACCCGGACCCGUCCGGCCGCCCCGGUGUCUCCUACCUCGGCACCUUCUUCGCGGCGGGCGGCAUCUACCCAGCCACGGCCCUCGCACUCUCGUGGCCGGCCAUCAACGUGUCUGGACAGACCAAGCGGGCCGUGGCCAACGGCAUGCAGAUCAGCAUCGGCAACAUGGGAGCCGUCAUCGGGACGCAGCUGUACCGAGCGAACGACGGGCCGCACUACUUUGUCGGGCACGGGACUGCCAUCGGGUACUUGGUGGGCGAGAUUGUCAUUUCUGUGCUGCUGUACUUUUUGCUCAAGCGGGAGAAUGAGCGGCGCGAGGCCAUCACGCCCGAGGUGAAGGAAGUCGGCCAGUUGGAAGACUGGACCGGCGAUGAGGACCCACGGUGGCGUUUCCAGUACUGA